GUUGCCGUAUAUUCUGUAUAUUGGAUAAGUGAGCAUGUUGGUCGACAUCGUUGUAGUUGGUUCUCUCGUGACAGAUUAUAUCACGAGGACACCUUCGUUCCCCCGGCCCGGCGAGACGGUGUUUGGUCAUGGGCUCAGCAUAGGCUUCGGCGGCAAGGGAGCCAACCAGUGUCUCAUGGCGGCCAAACUCGGAGCUGCCACUGCCUUUGUCGGCAAGCUCGGGCACGACGCUGUGGGUGACAACUACCUGGAUGAACUGAAGCGCACGACCAUCAACAUCGAUCACGUCACCCGAACAUCUCUUGCGCAAAGUGCCGUGGCCAACGUUGUUGUGGAUGAUAACGGCGAGAACUGCAUUGUUAACAUCCCGGGAUCGAACAGACUGAUGACCGUUGAGGAUGUGAACGCUGCUGCUGAGGUUAUCAAGAGCGCCAAAGUGCUCAUCUGCCAAAAUGAAAUAUCUUUCGAUGCUACAAAGGCAGCCCUUACCAUCGCCAGACAGAACGGAGUGGUAACGGUGCUGAAUGCAGGACCAGCUGUGCCAAACCUCGAUCCAGAAAUUCUCAAUAAUUCGGAUAUUGUUUGCGUUAACGAGACUGAGGCUGAGGUGUUGACGGGCGUCCCAGUUUCUGGAGUAGCAGAUGCCGUGAGUGCCGCCAAGGUUCUCCUGACGCAGGGCUGUCGUGAGGCGGUCAUCACCCUGGGUGCUAAGGGUGCAGUCAGUUUAGACUUGACCUCCCUGGCCGCAGGCACCGACCACGAGUGGGUUCCAGCUGAGAAAGUCGUUGCGGUUGACACCACGGGAGCAGGCGAUGCCUUCAUCGGUGCCAUGGCGUUCUACUUGGCGAAGAUGCCAACGCUGCCCACGAAAGAAAAGCUGAGGCGCUCGUGUGCCAUCGCCACGCAGUCUGUCCUCAAACCGGGGGCCUGGCUCAGCUUGCCCGCCAGAGAAGAGUUACCGAGUCACCUCUUUGACGAAUAGACAGGAAGCAAUUGCACCUCUUUGACGAAUAGACAGGAAGCAAUUGCACCUCUUUGACGAAUAGACAGGAAGCAAUUGCACCUCUUUGACGAAUAGGCAGGAAGCAGUUGCACCUCUUUGACGAAUAGGCAGGAAGCAGGUGCGGCGCCCGGCACUUCCCGUUCUUGUGGAAUGACAUUCCGAACAACAAAAGAUGCAAAAGCCGAAAUAUAUUGAAAAGUGAUGUGUACGAUUUUCAUUCAAGUAAGAUUUUAAUGCUGAGAACUGAAGAGCUCAACUAAAAUGUUCCAAUUACUUUCAUACACUUUCCGGGUUUUAAAUAAGCCCCAGUUAAUGCAAUACCUAUAGGUUGAGAGGAAAUAUAGUUAAUUGUUUAGCCUGUAGGAAAUUUUGGAGAUAGAAUGAUUAUUGACGGGGUUUAUUUUGUUGUUGUUCUGAUGUUGAGAAUGAACUUCUCUUGUUCGCUAGGGAAGGGCUGUAGGAACCUUCAUUUUCUGUGGUUUCUAUCAUAAUAUUUUGUUACAGUUUUUUAUUAGAACACUUUGUUUGAAUUUGGGAAUUUGAAUGCAAUAUUAGUAUAUGUGCUAAGUGGAAGGAGGUAAUGUUAAGAAAUAAUACCACUCUAAAUCAUUUUUUCAAUUGUCCAUUUUAUUUAGGUUGUAGAGACUUCCGACAUUAUCUGGGAAAUGUUUUUAGUUUUUUGUGUCUUAAUUAAAGCUAGUGAAGACUACUGAAAAGCAUAACGCUAUUGUGUAUAACUAAUAUAUGAUAUAUAUUGCAUGUGAGUAAAAACUGAUGACACUUC